GGGCUAGGCGCGCGCCCCGCGUCCCAGGCAGGAAGAUGGUGGCGAGCGCGCGGGUGCAGAAGCUGGUGCGGCGCUACAAGCUGGCGAUCGCCACGGCGCUGGCCAUCCUGCUGCUGCAGGGCCUGGUGGUGUGGAGCUUCAGCGGCCUGGAGGAGGACGAGCCGGGAGAGAAAGGAAGACAGAGGAAGCCACGGCCCCUGGACCCCGGCGAGGGCUCCAAGGACACAGACAGUUCCGCGGGGCGGCGAGGCAACACGGGCAGAAGGCAUGGGCGCUGGCGGGGCCGUGCUGAGAGCCCGGGCGUGCCCGUGGCCAAGGUGGUCCGGGCAGUAACCAGCCGGCACAGAGCCAGCCGGCGAGUGCCACCUGCCCCACCCCCAGAGGCCCCAGGCCGCCGGAACCUGAGUGGGGCAGCAGCCGGAGACGCUGCAGUCGGCGCAGCUGGCUUCCCACCCCAUGGAGACACGGGCAGCGUGGAGGGUGCCCCGCAGCCCACCGACAACAGCUUCACCCCUAAGUGCGAGAUCGUGGGCAAGGACGCACUGUCUGCCCUGGCCCGGGCCAGCACCAAGCAGUGCCAGCAGGAGAUCGCCAACGUGGUGUGCCUGCACCAGGCGGGCAGCCUCAUGCCCAAGGCUGUGCCCCGGCACUGCCAGCUGGCAGGGAAGAUAAGUCCUGGCACCCAGUGGGAGGAGGUCCGGGCCCAGCAGCCCCUGGACGGCCGCUCCGUCAGAAUCGCCUACAUGCUGGUGGUUCAUGGCCGCGCCAUCCGCCAGCUGAAGCGGCUCCUCAAAGCCGUCUACCACAGGGAGCACUUCUUUUAUAUCCACGUGGACCAGCGCUCCAACUACCUGCACCGGGAGGUGGUGGAACUGGCCCAGCGGUACGAUAACGUGCGGGUGACGCCCUGGCGUAUGGUCACCAUCUGGGGCGGGGCCAGCCUCUUGCGGAUGUACCUGCGGAGCAUGCGGGACCUGCUGGAGGUGCCUGGCUGGGCCUGGGACUUCUUCAUCAACCUCAGUGCCACGGACUACCCAACCAGGACCAAUGAGGAGUUGGUGGCAUUCCUGUCCAAGAACCGGGACAAGAACUUCCUCAAGUCACACGGGGACAACUCCAGGUUCAUCAAGAAGCAGGGCCUAGACCGGCUCUUCCACGAGUGUGACUCCCACAUGUGGCGCCUGGGCGAGCGGCAGAUCCCCGCGGGCAUCGUGGUGGACGGCGGUUCCGACUGGUUCGUGCUCACGCGCAGCUUCGUGGAGUAUGUGGUGUACACGGACGAUCCCCUUGUGGCCCAGCUGCGCCAGUUCUACACGUACACACUGCUCCCUGCCGAGUCCUUCUUCCACACGGUGCUGGAGAACAGCCCGGCCUGCGAGAGCCUCGUAGACAACAACCUGCGCGUGACCAACUGGAACCGCAAGCUGGGCUGCAAGUGCCAGUACAAGCACAUCGUGGACUGGUGCGGCGGCUGCUCCCCCAAUGACUUCAAGCCGCAGGACUUCCUACGGCUGCAGCAAGUGUCCAGACCCACCUUCUUCGCCCGCAAGUUUGAGUCGACCGUGAACCAGGAAGUGCUAGAAAUCCUGGACUUCCACCUGUACGGCAGCUACCCUCCCGGCACGCCCGCCCUCAAGGCCUACUGGGAGAACACCUAUGACGCGGCUGAUGGCCCCAGUGGGCUCAGUGACGUCUUGCUCACCGCGUAUACCGCCUUUGCCCGCCUCAGCCUGCGCCAUGCCGCCACUGCUGCACCUGCGCCGGCCACCUCGCGUUGCAGGUUUGAGCCCCGGGGCUUGCCGUCCAGUGUGCACCUGUAUUUCUAUGACGACCAUUUCCAGGGCUACCUGGUGACGCAGGCGGUGCAGCCCUCAGCCCAGGGGCCGGCAGAGACGCUUGAGAUGUGGCUGAUGCCCCAGGGGUCGCUGAAGCUGUUGGGGCGCAGUGACCAAGCCAGCCGGCUCCAGAGUUUGGAGGUCGGCACUGAGUGGGAUCCCAAAGAGCGUCUUUUCCGGAACUUUGGGGGACUGCUGGGGCCACUGGAUGAGCCUGUGGCCAUGCAGCGCUGGGCCCGUGGCCCCAACCUCACAGCAACCGUGGUCUGGAUCGACCCAACUUAUGUGGUGGCCACAUCCUACGACAUCACGGUAGACGCGGAGACCGAGGUGACACAGUACAAGCCUCCGCUGAGCCGGCCCCUGAGGCCAGGGGCCUGGACUGUCCGACUCCUUCAGUUCUGGGAACCCGUGGGCGAGACCCGCUUCCUCGUGCUGCCCUUGACCUUCAACCGCAAACUACCUCUCAGGAAAGAUGAUGCCAGCUGGCUGCAUGCGGGACCGCCCCACAACGAGUACAUGGAGCAGAGCUUCCAGGGCCUGAGUGGCAUCCUGAACCUGCCUCAGCCGGAACCGGCGGAGGAGGCCGCCCGGCGGCGCUCGGAGCUCACGGGCCCCGCGCUCGAGGCCUGGACAGAUGGGGAACUGAGCGGCUUCUGGUCUGUGGCCGGACUGUGUGCCACGGGCGCGUCUGCCUGCCCCUCGCUGGGGCCCUGCAGGCUGGCGAGCUGGAGCUCGCUGUCCCCCGACCCCAAGUCGGAGCUGGGGCCCGUCAAAGCCGACGGGCGGCUCAGGUAGCAGGGCCCCAGCCGGAGGCCCCCCGGGAGGGUCCCGGGGAAUUGCACCUUUACCCACGCUGGAGGUGGGACCAGCGGCUCAGGCAGUACCCCCCACGUCAGCCACAGAGAGCCUGCGCGUUGGCCAGGGCGGGCUGGAGCCCCUGCGAGCCGCCCGACGGGCUUGGCAGGAACCGGAAGGAAAGGGCUCCUGCCGCGUACCACGGCCCACUCUUCCUCACCGUCCUCUCUAGUUUGUAUUUUUUUAAGUAUUAUUAUUUAAAAAGGAAAAUGGGUGACGGAGGAACUCGAGACAGAGGAUGUGCAAUAGGGCUCCGUGCCGUCCCCCGAGGUGGCCAGUGGCUGUGGGGAGCAGGAGCCACUGAGCCCACGGGCUGUUGCUCGGAGGAGCCUGGGCCUGCCUAGCAUUCCAGGGCCUCGUGCCCCAGCCUGGGUGUGCGGUUCUCAUGGCUGAGGCUCUGCAGGGGCGCAGGUGCCCUGCCAAAGGCUCUGCGGCUGGGAAAACAGGUGGUUUGUGGGGGGAGGGGCACCGCGGAGCUGGGCUCCAGUGGACAGCCUCUCUUGUAGCCAGGGGACCCUCGAGGGGGGCGGGGCUCACCCAGGGGUUUUCCAGCGUUCCCUGGCCCUUGACGGGAAGGGCAGGGAGCAGAGCCUCCUGAGACCAAUGCAGACUUGCCCAGCGUCGCGGGAGGCACGCGCCCUCAGGAGCAGAGCAGCGAGAGCCUGUGGUGGCUCCUGGGAGGACCUGCGGUAGCAUCGUGCCUGAAGCUCAGUGUGAGGUCUGAAAUAUGCAACAGAGGAAAUAUAGCUCUAUCUCUCUCAGCCGAG